CAAUACUUUUUCUCGAGUUAUUACUGAAAAUUUCCUAAAGCGUAUACAAAUGCUUUAGUCAUGUAGUGCACGGCAGCAGGAUGUAAACAGUAGCGUGCUCGCCUCCAUGGAUCAAGUACGCAGAAAGUGUUGAGGGUUUGAUGAAUUCCUAUGUUGUGAGAACUAAGGUGUUACAAGCCUCCGGUUAGUCGAGAUGGUUGAAACUAUGGAGGUGUCAAGGUUAUCAGGAGGAGAAGAAGAUGAGGAACCCAUAACUGUGCUGACAGAGGCCCGUCACCUGGAGACAAUCACGGCUCCCAACACGGCAGCACACUCAUGGAGACUGAAGGAACGAAUGAAAACAGUUAGUGUAGCAUUGGUGUUGUGCUUAAAUAUCCCAGUCGAUCCACCAGACAUUGUGAAGACACAGCCAUGUGCUCGUUUAGAGGCAUGGAUAGGUGAGUCAAAAUUCCUGAAACUUUUCACAAGAGGCUAAUUAUAGCUGUAUAUC